GAAAGUACGCUCGAUUACGAGAACGGCGUUUGACGGCGUUCAACAUCCACUAGCGCGAAACAGGAAAAGUGAAAGGACUUUGUCGACUUUUCACGAAGGCGAUCGCACCGUAUGAUUCCGUAGUUCCGUAUGCGAAUAAUAAGAGGGCGGUUUGGUAAUUUCGAAUUGAAAUAUUGAUCUUUUUUAACUUUUUUUUUUUUUAUUUUACAUAAGAACAACGUCUCGUAAGUAUUAUCCUGAAGAUUUGAGGAUAUCACAGAAUCUCGAAUACGAACUCUUGUAUAAUCGGCGCGAUGUAAAAUCGACGGAAGUUGGUUUCAAAUCGAGCAACGAUGCGAACAAGGCGAUCGAUUGAAUCGCGAGUGGAUGGCGUGGUGCACACGGAAAAGUGCAACGAUCUACGUGACCGCCGACCUGCGCGCAGAGUCGACACUCGUAUGACACGGCACGUUCGUAAUUAUCAUUUCGCUCUUCCUGAAGACAGUGCGUUCCCUCUUCGGUCGGGAGCACGCUCGAGCUCGGGAGAAUUAAAAAUAGUCUUGGUCACGGGUAAAAAUUCCUCUGGAAUCUUUGGUAUUCCGUUGAAUUGUGUUGGCGCGUGCGGUACGAAACUGCUAGACUGCGGGGUCUCAGCGAUUAGCCUUUCGAUAAAUGGUAGGAAAGGUCUGUGGGCUGAUUAAAUUUCAUGAUCAAUUUUUUUUUUUUUUUUUUUUUUUUUUUAGUAAUAUCAAGUAUGUGUAAAAAUUCAUCCAGCUUCGGGGUGGUAAGUAUAGUACCGAGGGAGAAAUGAAAAUAUUCGAAAAUAGGACGGUUGCGUGGCAUGCGCGAACGCGCCACCACAGAAACUAUUCUGCUGUAGCGUAUACGGGCUCUGCAGCGAACGUAUUAAAAGUCCAAUGUUAAAAAGCCAGAAGGCACUCCUAAGAGGAUAACUGUGAUUACGAUUUGUGUAAUUUAAGAUCAACACUCGACUUAGCGUCGAUGAUAACGAUUUGAGACGAGUGUGCAUCGUCGAUAGCUUUCCUGGCAGACUCGCCAAAUGGGAGAGCCUUGGGCUUUCGAUGCGCAGAGAGAUCGUUAACCUGGCCCUUGUCCAAGCACUUACAUCGCGAAAGUGGUCGGGACGUCAGACUUUCCUGAAUGACGUCGCCGUAGGUUCCGUUAACGAUCAUCCUCGGUAACAGUGACGCACGAAUUCCGGCGAAAUGACUUCGAAACGUUUGCGGGAAUCUCGCCUAACUCUCGCGACGGCCAACCACGUGCCUCGUAAUUUCGAGUAGGGGAGGGGGGCAAUGUUUUUCUUUCGACAUUCACGUGUAACCAUCAGGACGCGUCUGUUUCGCGAACAACAUUAUCAGUGACGAUAACAGAGAAUUAUCGAGAAGCAACGCAGUGUGUUAAUAAUAUUCCAAAUUCGUGGAACUCCUGCGAGUUGAAGCGACAUGAACAAAACGGAGCUGAAGAUCGUUCUGAGCACGGAGCCGACGAGAACGACCACGGGCGUAAUUCACUCGCACAUCCCAGUGCCGAGGGUAACGAACGCGAUCAAAGCACUAGAAAGAUGUCCCCCGGCUCGCAGAGGAUCCUUCGAAAAGCUGUCCAGGGGCGUGUCGGUGGCCGCUCAAAAGGCGUCCUUCGAGAAGCUCGACGCUUCCGUUCAGCUGCGUCCGAAGAACAACAAUUUAUCGGCGUCGAGCAUCGAGAUGCGAAACACCGAGGAGAAGCUGACCUCGCCGGUGUUUGCUAACUGGAGGACGAACGAGACGACCGGCGGCGUCGGCGUCGCAAAACUGAACCGGAGCAAUAGUCUCGAGAGCAAGUGGAAGAACAAAUACGAGGAGUCUGAGAAGAGACGGAAAUUGUUGCUGCAGAAGAGCGAGGCCGCGAACAAGGACCAUGUCGACCUGGAGAGAAAGUACCAACAUUUACAGAAACAAAAUAGCGCUUUGCAAUCACAAGUGCAGGAGAACGAACAGAAGCUUCAAAAAAUGCGGACAGUUUCCGAGGCUGUGUGCAAAGAAUACGAGCAACUGAAGCAUCAAUACGACGUGGAAACAGGUGCGAUGCAUAAAGCGAUGCAACAGGCGUCACAGUGGUACAGACAAAACCGUGAACUUAAAAGAAGAUCGCAGAUUAUAACGCAAAAGUUCUUGCAAAAUAAUCACGACGGUUCGUUGGAUAUCGACGUGUCGGACGAGGUCGACUCGAAUUUCGAAGAUCUCGAUCAGCUCAGGGAAACGGUGAAAGGUAAAUUCGUGAUUUUAUUUCUAUUUCAUCGCGCAGCGAUAAAGAUUAAUCGCGAAAACGUACGAUUUUCAGAACUGAGCAAAGAGAUAGCGAGGCUUCAAACAGAGUUACACUCCGCUCGACUUCAAGAAUUCGAGGCCCAGGAGCAAGUGACGCAUUUGACCACACAGUUGGAGGAGGAAAAAUCUCUCAGGCAAAAAUGCGAGGAGAAAGUAAACGAAAUGAAGGUGCACAAAGAGAACAUGGAGAGAGUUACGAAGAUGGUCGCGGAGGAAGUGCAGUCGUUGAAGACGCAGUGCGAUCGAGAACGAGAAAACGCAAAAAUAAUGAAAAUCGAGGCGGAAAGGGUACAAAAAGAGAGGAACGUGCUGGCGCAUCAGAGCGCGCUCCUGAUGGCCGAAGUCGGCGACGACCCCAAUGGAAGAUUAUUGACGGUUCUUCAAGAAGUGGAAUCUCUAAAGAGACUGUUGGAGGAAGAGCAACAGAGCCACGCCUCUCAUAUACAAAUGCUAGAAGAAAAACUGGAAGAGAAAGAGUCAAACGUAGAGUUUGAGAUAGUCGAGGAGAAGUUGAAGUUAGCGGAAUCGGAAUUGGAGGUGGCAAUGCAGAGGGCUGAAAGAGCGGAAAAGUCGAUGGAAAGUCUGGAGAAUGUGAUUCAAAGUUUAAAGGCGAAAAUUGGAGAGCUGGAAGAGAAGCUUUCUAGGCCACCACCGCCACCUUUGCCUCCGCCACCGCCACCGCCAAUGUUCAACAACGGCGGUCAGUCGUCGAUGAAAUUGCUGACCAAAGAAAAAAUGAAUUCGGAACGCAAUGCCGUAACCGAUAUGGAGAACAUGCUUGGCAUCGCAAAGAAAACACCGACGGUUGCACAACAACCAGCUAUCGACGAUAUUAUUAACCAGAUAAAAGGUGGACGUUUCACGCUAAAGCAGACAGACAAACAAAGGGAGGAGGAAAGAAGAAGACGACAAGAAGCAGAAAGCGCACCACCAGCAGUUUCGGAAAUGUUAAACAUUUUAGGAACGAUGAGACGAAGAGCCAAACCGGUAAAGCAAUCUUUUCAAUCGACGUGAAAACAGUUACCGUUAGCAACGCGCAAAAUAUUUUUAAUAAAUAAAAUCUGAGGCACGCGCCACCUGAUUGACCAUUGUCGAUACAAACAGACUUGUUUUACGGAGAUGCUGUUCAAAGUAACGUUAUUUAUUUACCCGUAAAAUAAAUUUGUAUACCAUCGAAUUAACGUGCGAAACGUAUUUUUAUAUGUGUAAAGAAAAUGAAUAAAUGAUGGUUAAGGGAGAAGUGACUGACAACAUGUUGCGGUAAGCAUUACGAAUAAAGGUGUAUUAUAAAAAGCCGAUUACAUGUUAGUUCAGUCAUUACAUACAUUUUUAGGAAUACAAGACGAAUUUAUUGUUAGA